CUUUGUGGACUGUGUUGGGCUUUUGUAGUGGACCAUGGCAGCCAAAGAGGACCUAUACAGUAAAAUCAUCCCGCGGAGGCUCCGGCAGAACCGCUCGGGCUCCGUCAAAUGUGGCUCCAACCUGGACGUACUGUUGUCCAUGGGCUUCCCGAGACCAAGGGCGCUGAAGGCUUUGGUAUCAACAGGAGGUCGGAGUGUGCAAGCAGCAUGUGACUGGCUGUUCUCCCACGUUGAUGACCCAUUCCUGGAUGACCCUCUGCCCAGGGAGUUUGUUCUCUACCUGCGACCCAGCGGGCCGCUGCAGAACCAGCUCUCCCACUUCUGGCAACAGAGUCGGGUCACAUGCGGCAAAAACAAAGCCCACAACAUUUUCCCGCACAUCACCCUCUGCCAGUUCUUCAUGUGUGCAGACCACAAAGCGGAAGCUCUGUGCGAGGCUCUCCAGGCCAGCGUGCAGCAGUGGCGGGGUCGCUUUCCCACACCGCUGCCCCUGGAGCUCUACACAUCCUCCAACUUUAUCGGUCUUUUCGUAGAGGAGCAGGUGGCUGAUGUCCUCAAGCAGUUUGCAGCCGACUUCGCCACAGAGGCCGCCAGGAAGGCAGAGGUCCACGUUGAGCCUCACAAGAAGCAGCUCCAUGUGACUCUGGCCUACAACUUCCCCUCCGAUCACCUCCCCUCACUGGAGAAACUGGCCAAGGGCAUUGAAGUCAAGCUUGGCUGUGAUUGGCUGGCCGUCCUCUUCUCCAGGGACAUUCGUUUUGCAAACCAUGAGACUCUGCGGGUGAUGUACCCCUACAUGCCUCAAAAUGAAGAUGAGCUGGAGCUGGUUCCUGGUGAUUUUGUCUUCAUGUCUCCGAUGGAUCAGAGCAGUACCAGUGAGGGCUGGGUGAAUGGGACCUCGCUCGCCACCGGGCUGUCUGGCCUGCUGCCCGAGAACUAUGUCAGCCUGGCUGAUGAGUCUGACACCUGGGUCUUCCACGGCUCCCAUUCAUUCUUCAGCUGCGGACCCUCUGACAAGACCAGCAAGGAGAGAGGGAUGUUUGACGGCCUGCUGGACAGCCGACGCCCCGAUAACACCAGUCCUGGAGACACACCUACCCUCAGUCUCAUCUGUCAUCCAAUGCAGCAGGUCCUGCGGAUGAGUGGCAGUCACUCUCGGCAGCCCAAGCGAACGCUUUUUGUGUGUCGGCACGGUGAGAGGAUGGAUGUGGUCUUUGGCAAACACUGGCUGUCCCUCUGCUCAGACAGUAAAGGUAGAUAUGUACGCUCCAAUCUGAACAUGCCUCCCAGUUUGCCGAUGUGGGGAGGACAGAGAGAUUACGACAUGGACGCUCCCAUCACUGUGACUGGAUGCACACAGGCACGACUAGUGGGUGAGGCCCUGUCAGAAAGCAACACAGUGUUAGAUUUUGUGUACUGCUCUCCCUCUCUGCGAUGUGUUCAGACAGCACAGAACAUACUGAGAGGUAUGCAGCAAGAAGGUAAGCUGAAGGUGCGAGUGGAACCGGGGCUCUUUGAAUGGACCAAAUGGGUUUCGGGGAGCUCCCUGCCUGCAUGGAUACCUCCUGCUGACUUGGCUGCAGCCCAUUUUAGUGUGGACACAACGUACAGACCUCUGAUCCCAAUCAGCAAGCUCACUGUGUCUGAAUCCUAUGAGAACUACAUGAGUCGGAGCUACCAAGUGACCAAAGAUAUCAUGUCAGACUGCAAAAACACUGGAAACAACGUGCUGAUUGUAGCCCACGCUUCUUCCUUAGAGGCCUGCACACGCCAGCUGCAGGGCCGCAGCCCACAGAGCGCCAAGGACUUCAUCCAAGUGGUCCGAAAGAUCCCGUACCUGGGCUUCUGCUCCUGCGAGGAGCAGGGAGACACAGGGGUGUGGCAGUUAGUGGACCCUCCCAUCCUCCCCCUCACACAUGGACCAAACCACACCUUUGACUGGAGGGAGACACUUCUGCAAGAAUGACAUCUGCCUGACCGCCCCCCCCCCCCCCCCCCACACCCCUACCCCGACCUGAUAAUACUGUACUCCCCACAGACUGCAGUAACAAGCUUCAGACCAGUGGCCCCAAAUACUGGAACUUUUCCCUUUCACUGUCUCGCAGCGAUAGUCAAAGAAGCUCUCUGUCUGAACUUGAGGAGCUGGUGAAUGGUUGGUGAACUGAUUCCAUCCCGCUGAUGCUGCUUUCAACAAUAAUUUAGCCACCUUUUUUUCUUUUUCUUUUUUUUUGCAAGCGUGAGGGAGUUCACUCGUGCAAUGAGAGUUUUCACUGGAAAUCCAGUAGAUGGAUCAUGUGUAUUUAUUGUCACCCCAGUCUCAGGUAGUUUUGUGAAAUUAGCAUGGUUUGCUCUGCUGCUGUGAAUGAUUAGUAAGAAAAAAGAAAAAAUUUUUUCCCAACAUGCAAGUAUUUCAUGGAAUAAGCAGGUCUACAGUAGUAGCGUGACACUGACGUAAUGCCAUUGAAAGCAAAUGUGUGGAAGUUGUAGAGUUGAGAUGUCUUUACUUUCAGCUUGGAUGACUCAGGUUCUGUUUCUAGCUCGUCAGUGAAGGUCUGAGUUCCCUGAAUACACAGAAAGCUAGUUUAUAUUUGUUCUACAUAUAUUUUAAAACUAAACAAAAGUUGGUUUACUCACCUCAUUUUAACCAUUAGCUGUGUGUGCAAAUCACUCAUUCACUCAUUCAUCAUGAUCAGCAGUAAGUUGAGUUUUCCAACACUUAUGAAUCAUCAUGAGUUGUGUCAUCACUAACAG